CUCGUUUACACACACCACUCAACACACACAUUCAACAAGUAGAAAAAGUGAAAUUUCCGUAAUAGCUUUAAGCGAUUAGCAGGGGGCGGGCAUCCACACGAAAUGGAGACUCUGCGCAGAACCGUGGUACGCGAAUACUUCGUGGGCGACUACAAGCUGCUAGAUCAGUUCGACAAGGGCGCCUUCGGCGACAUCUACCUGGGCAGGUGCCUAUACACUGGCGAGCGUGUGGCGAUCAAGAGGGAGAAGAAGCGCACGGCGCAUCCGCUGCUGAACUACGAGCACCGCGUGUACAGGACAGUUCGUCCGGCUGUGGGGCUGCCGCGCGUGUACUACUUUGGCGAGGCGGAUGACCAUCGCGCCCUGGUCAUGGAACUGCUGGGUCCCUCGCUCCACCACUUGUUCGAGCUCUGCGGGCGAGCGUUCACCAUAAAGACCGUGCUGAUGCUGGCGGACGAGCUGCUGUUGCGCCUGGAGCAUCUGCACGGCCGGGGCUUUGUGCAUCGGGACAUCAAGCCGGAGAACUUGCUGCUCGGCCAUGAUCUCACGUGCAAGUUCGUGCAUCUGAUCGACUUUGGGCUGUCCAAGAAGUUCUGGGAUCCCAUCAGCCAAGUGCACAUACCCUACCGCGAGGACUGCAGCUUGACGGGCACAGCGCGCUUUGCGUCGAUCGCCGCCCACGAAGGCAUCGAGCAGUCGCGUCGCGAUGAUCUCAUCGCCGUGGGAUAUGUGCUCAUAUAUUUCCUGCGCGGCAGCCUGCCCUGGCAGAACCUGCCGGCCCCUACCAAAGAGAAGAAAUAUGAGGCCAUCUACGAGAUGAAGCGCUCCAUCAGCAACGAGCAGCUCUGCAAGGACUUUCCCAACGAGUUUUCCCUGUACAUGAACUAUUGCUUCAAGCUGGGCUUCACUGCCAAGCCGGACUACGCCAAGCUGCGCAAGAGGUUCCGCGGGCUGUACGACAAGCUGUACUUAAAACGCGAUCUGAUCUACGACUGGGAAAAAAUCAACUUGGAGUUUCAUCACGAUCAGAAGAAUCCUGCCAUGCCCUCCAGAUAUGCUCCCGCCACCUAUCGCCAGGACGAUGGACGCAGUGGCUAUCCAAUCAUACGCAACGAUAAGGCAGGAUACUGGAGUGCGCCAGCUAACAAAUGCGGGAUUUACAGACUAUUUCCACAUGAUCGGAAUUAGAGUAGAGUUGCAGGAUUAACCAUGAUGAAUGAGCCCAAAUCGUAGAUAUAUUGUUAGCUAUACGAUGCACGUCUUCUUAAUCGUAAGAUGUUUCCAAAAGUAUUUAAUCUCAGCAAAAAAG